AACAUUAACCGGCCGCGCACGGCCGCACCGCGGGGACCUUCCCCACGCACCUCGGCACCGGAGGCACCAUGGCCACGGCGAACGACAGAGCUGUGCUGCAGACGAUUUUCGACCCCAGCACGCCUUUUGGGGACAUCCCCGGGCUGGACGAGGAAGAGGAGGUCCAGGAGGAAGAGGAGGCCUUCGCCCCGGAGCUGCUGGAGCAGGCGCGGGACCUGGAGCUGCAGGGCGUUUCGGCCGCCGAGUCCGGCGACGUGAGCACGGCCCUCGAGCGGUUCAGCGAGGCCAUUCGCCUGCUGCCCGAGCGCGCCUCGGGCUACAACAACCGGGCGCAGGCCCUCCGCCUCCGCGGGGACGUGGCAGGAGCCCUGCGGGACCUGGACGCCGCCAUCCGCCUGGGCCAGGGCCGCGGCCGUGCCGCCUGCCAGAGCCUGGUGCAGCGCGGGCUGAUCCGCCGGCUGCAGGCCCGGGAGGAGGAGGCGCGGCGGGACUUCGCGCGGGCGGCCCGCCUGGGCAGCGCCUUCGCCCGGCGGCAGCUGGUGCUCGCGAACCCCUACUCGGCGCUCUGCAACCAGAUGCUCGGCCAGAUGCUGGGGCGGCUGCGCAACCCCCACGGCCCCGGGCCCGAGUGAGGGGGCCGAGGCCGGGCAGGUCUCGGCCGGGCGCGAGGGGACGCGGUGGCGGCCGGGGCGGGCAGGUUGCCACGUCCUUGCUGCCAGUCUCUGUCCCCGCAGGUGCAGAUCCCGUGCCGCCACCGCCACGAGUCGGGCGCAGGCUGCCCCCCGGGCCCGGGGCUGCCUUUAAGUGCCGGGGGUUCGCCGGGACAGCCGGCCGCUGGCUGCUCUGGGGAACGCGUUCGGCACCGCGGCUUUGUCACGGCUCUGUCCUGCCCUGAAUAAACCUUCCUGCCUGCCCGGCA